AUGCCGAGCUCAUGUAAAGAGAUUCGUGCCGCUCUGGCCCAGUGCCUCCAAGAGUCCGACUGCGUCAUGGUCUACCGCAACUCCGCAGCGGACUGCCUCCGCCCACCACUGUCCGACACGCUGCCGGUCAAGUGCCAGCAGCUCCGCAAAGGUUUCGGCGAGUGUCGACGCGGCAUGAUCGACAUGCGCAAGCGGUUCCGCGGCAACCAGCCGGCAUCGGCCAAGAUGCUGCAGACGAACCACGACGACUCGUCCGCAAGCGAGCAGAAGGACAAAGAGGGCUACCAGCUGUAUGCUGGCCGUACGGCGUUUGGUGGCAUCGUCAAGGAGACGUCGGGCGACGAGAAGGAGGCGCCGGAUUGGCGCGAGUUGGAAAACGAAAAGUACCGGAAAGAGCUGGCCGCAAAGAAGCCAUGA